GCCCCGGGCCUCCCCCACCGCCUCCCCCUGCCCCGCGUCCCUCGCAGGGCGCCGGGCCGGCGCGGGGGUCUGUGCGCCGCGGCGCAGGGAGGGAGGGAAGGAAGGAGGGAGGCGGGGAGGGAGAGAGAAAGGCUGAGCCAGAUCUUCAUGCCACUGCAGGCAGCAGCAGCAGCAGCAAAACUUCUGAAGGUUUGCAGAAGACAAUAAGAGAACCACCAAGAAGGCUAUUGCAGUGUGAUAAAUACCCUUCAGUUAGAGUUUACUAUUGCCAAUAUGUAUCAUUCUGCAUCUGAAACCAGUCACCCUUUGCAAACAGAGGAACAGGAGAUAGGCAUUGAUCCCUUGCAGAGUUUUUUGAACAAGCCAGGGGAAGGGGGAUCAAAUGAAAACGGAAGCACACACCAAACCUCAGAUUCUGAUGGAACUUUUAUUUCUUACAGUAAAGAAUGGGAAGAACUAUUUGUAAACAACAAUUACUUGGCAACUAUACGGCUGAAGGGGAUUAAUGGGCAGCUGAGAAGCAGCAGGUUCCGUAGUGUUUGCUGGAAGUUAUUUCUAGAGGUUCUACCCCAAGAUAGAAGUCAAUGGAUUAAAACUACUUCAGACUUAAGAACUUCUUACAAUAAGAUCAAAGAAAUUCACAUUACAAACCCUCGGAAAGCAGGACAGCAGGACCUGAUAAUCAACAAUCCACUCUCUCAGGACGAGGGGAGUCUUUGGAAUAAAUUUUUCCAGGAUAAAGAGCUUCGAGCAAUGAUUGAACAAGAUGUGACAAGAACCUUUCCUGAAAUGCAGUAUUUCCAGCAAGAGAAUGUAAGGAAAAUUCUUACAGAUGUUCUGUUCUGCUACGCCAGAGAAAAUGAGCAGUUGCUUUAUAAACAGGGUAUGCAUGAACUUUUAGCUCCCAUUGUCUUUAUCCUACAUUGUGACCACCAGGCUUUUUCACAUGCCAGUGAAGCUGCACAACCAAGUGAGGAAAUGAAAGUUCUUUUGAAUCCUGAAUAUCUGGAACAUGAUGCCUAUGCAAUGUUCACACGUCUUAUGAAAACUGCAGAACAUUGGUUUUCAACUUUUGAACAUGACAGUCAGAAGGAGAAAGAUGUGAUGAUUACACCUAUGCCAUUUGCAAGGCCACAGGACUUAGGCCCAUCUAUUGCUAUUGUAGCAAAGGUAAACCAAAUUCAGGAUCAUCUGCUGAAGAAACAUGAUAUUGAGCUGUACAUGCAUCUGAACCGACUGGAAAUUGCUCCACAGAUUUAUGGCCUGCGAUGGGUAAGGCUCCUGUUUGGACGUGAAUUCCCACUUCAGGACCUUCUGGUUGUCUGGGAUGCUCUAUUUGCUGACAGUAUCACCCUGAAUUUAGUUGACUACAUUUUUGUAGCCAUGUUGUUAUAUAUCAGAGAUGCCUUGAUUUCAAGUAAUUAUCAGACCUGUUUGGGACUUCUGAUGCAUUAUCCACCCAUUGGAGAUGUUCACUCCCUUAUUCUAAGAGCACUUUUUCUCCGAGAUCCAAAGCGAAAUCCAAGACCAGUGACUCAUCAGUUCCAACAAAAUUUAGAUUAUUACAAAGCACGUGGAGCAGACUUGAUGAACAAAACACGCGCCAGUGCUAAGGCUGCCCCUCUGAACAUUAACAAAGUGUCCAACAGCUUACUGAAUUUUGGCCGAAAGCUCAUUGCUCCAGCUAUGGCUUCAGGUGGGGCUGUGGGCACUCCUACAGGGGGGAGCAGCUUUCCUCCCACUUCCAUGCCCAUCAGGAGUACAGUGGAAGCCCCCCAGCACCAUCAUCACCACCAGCAGCACCAGCACCACCAGUCGCAGCAGCAGAGGAUGAUGAAGUCUGAAAGCAUGCCAGUUCAGCUGGGCAAAGGUAAAGGAGAAACGUGUGUGACAGUGCCGUGUGAACUUUCUGCAGUAUGGAAUUCAAAGUCAAGACUGGAUGGAUUUUUAAACCAGCAAACAAAGGCGUUCAAAGAUGAAUUCUUAGCUGAGGAGGAAGAGUUGGAGGCCCAGAUUUCAUUCCUGCAAGGACAGCUGAACGAUUUGGAAGCCAUGUGCAAAUAUUGUGCAAAAAUGAUGAACACACAUCUUGGAAAUAUUCAGGAAGUCAUUUUACAAGAACACUUGGAAAAAGAAGAUGAAAUUCUGGUUUCCUUGGCUGGUUUGAAGCAGAUCAAGGAUAUCCUGAAGGGUUCAUUGCGUUUCAACCAGAGCCAGCUGGAAGCUGAAGAAAAUGAGCAAAUCACUAUUGCCGAUGAUCACUACUGUUCCAACAGUCAGAACAAGGGGGCAGGUGAUGUCCUAAAGGGACCUGUUAUAACAAAGCAACAGUUCAUCUCAGGACAACAGACUACGACUGACUCGAGCACUAGUGAGAGCAAGAGUGCUGAUGACUAUAUUAUGGUUUCCAAAGAAGAGGAAGGAAGUAAAAGUGCUGUUCCGGAGCCAGUGCAGUCCCUUCAAGCACACAAGGAGUCAGUGGUGAAGCCAGAAGCUCCAUCUCGUUCUUCUUUGAUAUUCUCUGACCCACUGAUGGGUUCAAUUUCAGCCUCCUCCAGCAACCUGAGCUCCAGCCCUGAUGACGACAGCAGUAACAACAGCAAAGAUUCUGACUUUGCUAUUGUCAGCCCACUGGACAUCUAAAGAAACAGGUUGGGAGAGUUUGGGAAGUCAGUCAUUACAACUCAGUUCAAAUUCCUAUGAUUCCAUGGGCUGGAUACUUUGUUGGAUUAGAAGGGCAGAAAAUAGAUAGAGGUAACCCAUUUCAGCUGCCAAAAGCCUAAAUUAAAAUAAAAAAAAACAAAAAGGCAACACAAAUUUGACCUUUUUGAAAAUAAUAUACACCUUUUAAUAACUGCCUUAAAUAAUGACUCAGUAAAACCCAGUUCUAAUAUAGUGUUAUUCUUAGUUAUGCUGUUACUUUACUUAGGAGCAUUUUUGCUAUAGAACUGUUGCUUUCCCAAAACAUAGAAUAGUAUGUGCUAGGUACCAUAAUGGAAAUGUGUAGAUACUUGGCAUCAGACCUGAAGCAGCAAAGACAAGCCAGAUUUAAUGUCGUCCUUUUACAAAAUAUACUUGACUGGGUAUUCUGAGUAGGAAAAGGUACUGUUUCUUAUGAGACUGUGAUUAGAGAAGUAGGGAGUGAAUAUCAGAAAGAUUAAAAGGAUCAUCCUGGUAGUAAGUUUGUUCUCCCUUAAGGAAUCCUAGUUUCUUCAUUUUCAUCCAGCAAUAGCCUGAGGUGUGUUCAAGGCAGAGGUUUGUGUAGUUGUUCCUCAGCGCUUACAGGAGGCUGUGUGACAAACUCCUUGAGAAUGGGAAGCUGUACAACAGAGCCUUAUUUCCCUUUGUCUCCUUUCUUUUUCCCUUGAGAGUCCCCAGUUCACCUGUUCCCCUCUUUAUAUUUGUCUACUUUUACUUCCCCUGGCAUGAAUUAUUUUUUAUUUUACUGAGACUACCACAGUUAAAACAGUAGGUGCAAGGGAAAUAACAGUAUUUCAUAGUGUAGAUCUGAGCCAGUUGAACUAAAACUAGCUUGAGUAUGAUAACUUACCAGGGAAGGUUGCAAAGUGAAAUGAAAUAUUCAUAAUUAAAAGCACUUUAUGUCUCAUUGCUAUUAUCUUCUAUAGACUCUGUUUACAUAUAUUCCUAUACAAUUUCCAUAUUUCUAGUGAAGAAAACGUAAUGGUGCAGCAGCGUUAACCAACAGAAAGUUUAUAAUAAACUCUAUAACUUGUUCUUCUAUGGAAAAGUGUAUUUCUUUCCCAUCAAGUAACUAGUGCAUUUAAUUAGAGCUUUUUCGAGUAGAUAAGGGGUUUUUUUGUGCUCUCUGAUCUCUUUAACCUCUGCUGGAAUUCAGAAAAUUAAACCAGUGGUGAGUGGACACCUCUUCUUGCAGGGUCCAUACAGAGCUAGCUUGAGGAAGGAAUGCUAGUAUAUCACUCUAUAACAGCAGCAAAAAGAAAGUAUUAUUUGCUUUGAAGAUGCAUAUACAUUAUACUAUGCAACAACUUCAUAAUUGCAUGACAAAGCUUGUGUUUAUUCGAAGGUAAGAAAUGGUAGUUAUUUGCUGCUUAGUCUGUAACUGUAGAUGGAGUGAAGUACCGUAUUCCAAAGAUGAGGUGAUGUGUGAUUUGCUGGUCUUAGAUUUUACAAAGUCUGUGUCAGAGGCUGAAUUGAAGAGUUAAUUGUCAUGUAAUUACAUAGUAGUUGCCAUGUCCUUACAUGUUCAAAAGCUGUCAUGUAGUUCUUUGGAGAUUAUUUGUGCCUUGUAAAAUGUUAAAAUACUAGAAUGUUAUGAGCAGGCAUAGCAUCAUACCUCUCUACAACAGAGUGAUGCAAACAGUCAGAUGACUAUUUAGAUGAAAGAUCUUAAAUGCGUAACAUUUACAAAAGGUGUUUAUUUUGGUUUAAUUUUAAACUUCAUAGAAAAUCACUAUGGAAUUCAGCAUGCAUGCCUGUCUUCAGGUUUAUUUUAUUUCCCUGAGUUUGCAUGAAUGCCAGGGGAUUAGGGGGCUGUUGAUUUAUUUAGGUCUUUCAAGCUUUUCUAGCCUUAACCCAUUAAGCAAGGCUUGUGCCACACCACCAAAAAUGGGAAUCUGUUCAAAAGCUACCUGUGGAAAGAGGAAAAAAAUAUUCUGGGGACAGAGAGAAAAAUUUUAUAUUCUGUGAUACAUAAACCUUCAAAGAUUCCAGUACUUUGGCGGGAGAAAAUGUUUUUACUUCUUUUUUAUUUUUUUAAGCAUCAGUCUUUUGAUUUCUAUUCUAGUUGGUUGUUUCAGGGAUCACAUUGCUAUUUUCUUGAACGGUCUCAUUGCCAAUGGAAGAGUGUGAUUUGUACAGGUUUUUUAUUUUUGUAAGUUAGUUGUAUCUUUAAUAUUGUAUAUUUUAAAACAGCAGUAAAAGUCUGUAAAGAUUUUGGGAGUUUCCAAGAAAUUUUUUCUGAUCAGUGAAUACUGAUGAGCUGAAUGCAUAUCAUGCCAUGGGACGUGAUAAAAAUCUUCAAAAGCAGAGAGAUGAUUAUACGAAUAAGAACAGAGCAAAUUCCAGUAAAUGAAUCUGCUUUGGCUGUACCAUGUCCUUCCACAUCUCAAACAUGUUGUCUCUGAUACUUGAUCAUAGUGCAGAGAUAGUUAGAAUUUUAGUAUAUUCAUCAAGUUAGAAACUUGUAAGUUAGAUAAAAUGUCAAAUCAUCGUCCUGUCUUGUGUUUUGUUAAGAAUAUACUGAGAGAGAAAUUGUCAUUUAAAACAUGAGAUUAUUCUUUUUCUCCAAAAAUUACCUGUUCAUAAUGCUCAUGGAUAACAAUAAUCAGAUAGAAAAAUUAUAUGCAUUGCAAAUUACCGAGGAAAACUAAUAAGGCAUUAAGAUAUGUAUCUGAGACUGUUGUACUGUAUCUCAUAUCUGUAAUUUAUUACUUUAAAGUCCCUUGCAUGUCAUGUCAGUUGUAUGUACUGCAGAACUGCAGUAUCAUAUUUUGACUGGGUAUUGAUUUAGUCGUGGAGCUUUGCAUCUUUACUCUGGAAGAACAUCUCGCCCGCUUUAUUAAAGAAAAAAUUAACAAAGUUUCUGGGCUGCACUUGUGCUGUUUUCUCAAAAAAGAGGGAAAGCUCUUUGGCUAGAAUACUGGAAAUAUUAUUUCUGAGAGCUAGGGUGAUUAAAAACUUCAAAACUAUCGAUAUAAGCACAAAGUUUAUUAAUACUUUAAUCUGAUUUUAUAUAUGUGAUCCAGGGAAUAAAACUGCUUGUCAUUUAUCUCAACUGAACAGUAUGGAAUAUUUCCUAUUUUUCCAUGUUUCUUGUAUCCGAAAAUAACAAACCAGAAUUUAACAUGGUGUAACUUUUCUGCAAUUUCAUAAAACUCGUAUAGUUUCAUCGUUGUGUCUCAGUCACAGUACCUGUUUCUGUACAGUACUUAUCUGAAUAUCAAUACUUUAUUUCACCCUCUUAACUGUUUCCUAUGAUUCUCCAGUAUGUUCUCAUUAGGUGGCACUGAGGCAACUAUUUAAAAGAUUACAUUUCAGAUUUAAAGUGUACUUGUGCCUGGCAGUUACAAUGUCAUCUGUUCAAAUACAGCAAUCCUAACAUGAACAGAUUUCCAAAUUCUGAGUGUCAGCCCUUAAAUAGUACUUCUGAUUUUGUGCUGCAUGUGUUGGUCUUGAAUGAAUGAUUCUAAUGUUUUAUUAGACUUGAAAAGGUGCAAUUUCAUAAAAUAAACUUCAUUUGGCUACAGAAUGGUAA